AUGGCCCUUCUUUCAAAUGCUGCUCCACUCGAAAAACGUCGGUUUGGCCAAGAACACUCUGCCUUCGUUGAACCACUCUACCAAAAAAUGCGCGACAGUGCUCAAGGUACUAAUUUUGCCGGACAAGUUGGACAGUUGUCCGGCGAAGCCGUGAAUGCUCUUCUUGCCGCUAAGCCUGCUUGCAGACAACAGCAAGUGGCAGAUCACUUGGUAUUCUUUGCGAAACAAAUGGCUGCUGAUACAACGAUUGCAGAUGGAACGAAGAGGCAAAACGAUUUAAUUGAUAUCGCACAGAAAUAUCGGACUGCUGAGAGAAACACCAAUCAGGAUGGAAAACCGAGCUUCUUGUGUGGCAGAAAACCUUUCUUCAAGGAAUUAAAUGGAUUUGUGCAAAGCCAAGAUCCCGCUGCGACAACAAAACCGGAUACACCUACAGAUGCUUUCAAUCUGGAUGUAGACUUUGAUCCACUUGGCGUUUUAGCCCAAAUCAAGGCUGCAUCAAACAACGGAGGCGCAAGUGAUCCAAAAGAUAAGCCAAAAGACCCAAAAAAGAAGCCGAAAGACCCGAAAAAGAAGCCAAAAGACCCAAAAAAGAAGCCAAAAGACCCAAAGGAUAAACCAAAGGAUCCACAAGAUACUACAACAGGCAGUACUGGAAACCCAGCAGCUGACAACCCUCUCGGUGGUAUUCAAAUGCCAUUUAUUAAGAAGAAUGCAGACGGAACUUUCGGUGUUAAUGCUUUCACAUUCCAAAAUGAAGCUGCUGCGCACGAUCGUCAAUGUGCUAUUCAGCACAAUAAAUGUGCGGAUGGUUUCAAUUUAGACAAGAACCCUGACAUUCCUAGCGUUGGCGCUUGUGAUACACAACAAACAGCUUGUAACGCUGGUCCCUCUGUAUUUGUUGCAUAA